AUGCUAUUUAUUAUUAUUGUUGGCAUUAUUUGUAUUUUUCUUUGUUAUAUUUAUUACAACUUUGUUUACAAAGAAAAACAGAUAUAUAAUUCAUUUAAAUCUCAAGGUAUACCAGGUGAACCGUUUAUACCUAUUAUUGGUCAGUUACGUGAUAUUCGUCAAUACACACGUGCCGAUAAAUUUAUGCAAUAUCAUAUUGAUCUACAACAAAAAUAUGGUAAUAUCUAUACGAUGAUGUUUGGACCGGUAAUGCGUUUAUAUAUACAUGAGCCAGAUUACAUUGGUGAUGUGCUUCGAAAAUAUACAAAAUUCUAUAAUAAACCAGAAUUAUUUCGAACUGUAUUUAUACCACUUAUUGGCAAAACAAAUUUACUCGUAUCAGAAAAUGAUAUACAUGAUCGAGCACGUAAAAUGUUAAAUGAAGCAUUUCAUUUUAUUAAUCUACAGUCAAUGAUUUCAAUUAUAUCACAACAAACUACAAAUACUAUUGAUGAAUGGCUAUUAGAAAUAUCAAAAAAUUCUGAGAAAGAGUUUGAUAUACAAUACAAAUUGAAUACAUUAACAUUAUCCGUCAUAACUUCAUCAGCAUUUGGACAAAAUUUUUAUGCUAAGAACACGCAAGAGAUAAUUUGUAAUUCCGUAACAGAUAUAUUAGAUGCCAUUCAAUAUCGUUCAUUAAAUAUGAUAAAUCAAAUACCGAUAUUGAGUAAAUUACCUAUAGCUAAAAAGCCUCUUAUUGCUCAACGUGUUAAACAACUAACAACUAUUACCGAUCAAGUAAUAAAUGAUCGAAGAUUAGGCAAAAGUCAUAGUUUGGGUAGUGGUAAAGAUUUAUUAGAUUUAUUAUUAUUGGCUAAGGAUGAUGAUGGCAACGGUUUUGAUGAUCAACAAAUAAAAGAGCAUGCACUAACGUUUAUAUUAGCUGGACAUGAAACAACUGGAACACUUCUGACAUGGUGCAUGUAUGUUUUAAUGACAAAUGCAAGUAUCUUUCAUGUUUGCCGCGAAGAAAUUGAUCGAAUUUUACAAGGAAAAGCGCCAUCAUAUGAUAAACUUGAUGAAUUACAUUUAGUUGAUGCAGUUAUACAUGAAACAUUGCGUUUGUAUACCCCAGCACCGUUCAUCACACGUCAGUGUAUAAAAGAACAUUAUAUUGGUCCGGAAAAUGGAAAACAAAUUUAUAUCCCAGUUGGUGCAACAAUAAUAUUAAAUUCAUACGUGUUACAUCGUUCACCUUUAUAUUGGAAAAAUCCAUUAGAAUUUGAUUAUAAACGAUGGAUGAGAAAUGUAGAUGGUCUUAAACCAAAAUUAUCACAUCGUUUUUGCUAUUUACCAUUUUCAGCUGGUAAUAGAAACUGUAUCGGUAGUAAUUUUGCUUUAUUAGAAGCAAAAGUGAUUUUGUCCAUGUUGAUACAACGUUUACAGUUUGAGAUUGUUCCUGGACAAAACAUUGUGCCGGCUGUCACAUCAAUAACAAUGAGACCCAAAUGUGGUCUGCUCGCAAAAUAUGAAAAUUAUGAAGCUAUCAUUAUUCCGUGUUAUGUUUUAUCUGGACAACGAUUAGAAAUUCCAUCAGACGUACUAGAUCUCUAUAAACAAAUAAUAUUGAAAUCAUGGCCGCAAGAUCCAGAUCAACGAUCUACAUGUUUGCAAUUUAAUCAAUUAAUUGCGCUAUCACAGCCUCCAUUUUAUUUGUAUGAAUUAAAUUUUAAUUUUGUUGUUUUAACGAUAUUAGCCAAUUCAGACGACGAAACUAGUACAUCGUCAUUAAAGAAUCCAACUGAAUUUUUAAAAAUGAUUUUAAAAAACUUAAAAGCCGUGCCUGUUAUACCUCCGAGUUCUUUCUGUUAUUCAACGUUGGAAUUAGCUAAUGAUUUUAAAACAAUUUUCAAUGAAUUGAAGAAGAAUCGAUAUUUAGCAACCGCUCAUGAUAUUUCAAAUAUAUAUUUUGGGGAUAACGGAGCACAAUAUGUAGCUCAUUUGUUGAAUGAUAUCAAAACAUUGAAAGAACUUGUUGUGGCGCGUAGUGAGAUAACAGCAGAAUAUAAGGCAAGUUCUGAAAAAGAGCAUUGCAUAGGGUUCAGUUUUGAUCUGUCAAAAGCGUUCUAG